AAACACGUCGCUGAUGGCAGCAUGCUAGCUUUUUUUUUUGAGAGCGACCGACAUUUGUUUACGUUUUGCAUUGUGUGUUUUGGUAUUGUAAUCAAGGUGUGAAGUUGGGUCGGCGUGAAGAUGGCAGAAGACUCUGGAUUAGGAGAUAAGCUGGAAUCCUCUACGUCAGAAGGGGCUACCAACCAUACCAGUGAUCCAGUGGACAAGACAACCGAUGAGGGUAGGCAGGAUGCAGGUGACAAGACCAACAGCAAUACUCAGAAUGACGUCCAUACUGGAAAUGCCAGCGGUGAGGGGGAAGGAAGCCGUGCCACAAAGUCAUGUGCAGACAGAGAUUGCGGCUGUCAAAGCAAAAGAAAGGAAGGAGAUGACGAGAAGGAGGCAGAGACUUCUUCAGAAAGGACAGAAAACAAGGGCAGUGACAGGAGGAAGAGGGGGGAAGAGGGGAGGGACGAUAGAUCAAGGGUCUCGAACAGUAACACUAGCAGUGACUCAGAAACAGAAUCCGACGAGGAAGGAUCGAAGCAGGAAAGCGAUCACGACAUCUGCAGCGACAUGGAGAAUGAAAUACUCGGCAGGCAUCUUCCUGCGCCCAAAUCGCAGGCGCUUCACGAGAUACGCGCGCGUGAGUUUGGACACUACCAGAGGUGCCCCUUGCCGUACUGUUUGAACUUCAUGGGGAGUAUCCCAUUGGUGGAAAGACUUGAUAAGUACUGUGAACUGAAGCACCAUGAAGGUUGUGUGAACACCUUGCAUUUUAACCCAGGAGGUGACCUUCUAGCAAGUGGUAGCGAUGAUUUGGAGAUCGUGCUCUGGGACUGGGCUCAGCAAAAACCCAAACUCAUUUUCGAAAGUGGGCACAGGAGCAAUGUUUUUCAGGCUAAGUUCAUGCCAUGCAGUGGUGAUGCGACUCUGGUCAGCUGCGCCAGAGAUGGGCAGGUUAGGGUCGCUGAACUCUCGACCACUGGGGUCUGCAAAGAGACUAAGAAGAUCGUGCAACACAAAGGAGCAGCACACAAGCUUGGUCUUGAGCCUGAUAGCCCAGUGGUGUUUAUGUCAUGCGGAGAGGAUGCUGCAGUCUUUAACAUUGAUUUAAGGGAACAAAAACACUCCAAGUUGAUGGUAGUGAAAGAAAACGAUAGGAAAGUUGCCUUAUACACCAUCUUUGUCAAUCCAUCCAAUAUCAACCAGUUCAUUGUUGGUGGCAGGGACCAGUAUGUCAGGGUUUAUGAUAAACGCAAGAUAACGGAUGAAGAAAACUCUGGUCUGGUGAAGAAAUUUUGUCCAGAUUCUUUGAAAGACAAUGACCAAGUAAAGGCCAAUGUAACAUGCUGUCUCUACUCCUACAACGGUCAAGAAAUCCUCGCAAGCUACAACGAUGAGGACAUCUAUUUGUUUGAUAGUUCCCAUAGCGACGGAGCUGACUUCAUUCACGCAUACAGGGGCCAUCGCAAUAAUGCCACAGUGAAAGGAGUUAAUUUCUACGGUCCCAAGAGCGAGUACAUCGUUUCCGGCAGCGACUGCGGAAACGUCUUCCUCUGGGAGAAAGAGAGUGAGAAGAUUGUCCAGUACAUGCAGGGGGAUGUUGGAGGCGUGGUCAAUUGUCUGGAGCCCCACCCCUUACUGCCUUGCCUAGCAACCAGUGGGCUGGACCAUGAUGUUAAGGUGUGGCUUCCAACAAGGAGUGAACCGACACCGAUGGAUGGUCUGAAGAAGCUGAUGAUGACCAAUCGAAGAGAACGUGAAGAAGAACGUGUUCGAGGACCAGAGUUUGAAGACAAUGCGAUGCUCAGGUUUCUUAUGGCUCAUCUAAGACAUAGAGCAAGAAGACAGGCAAGGGAGGCCGGUGAUUUAGAUAGCAGUGAUUCCGACGAUUCAAGCGAUUCGAGUGAAGAUCUCCCAACGGCACAGUGUGCAACAUCAUAGGGAACAUCAUCACACCAAUAGACAACAUACAUUGUAGCAUCUGCUCAUCAUCAUCACCAUCAUCAUCAUCAUCGGAACCAGUCAACCCAAGAGAUGAUACUAGUAGUCUGCACCAUGAAACGGUUCCGUGACAUUCGCUCAGGCAACAAUUGCUCCGCUGUAAAUUCCACACACUGAUGGAAUGACCAAAUUCAGGCAUGGAUAUAACACACUACCCUUUUUUAAUUAAGCCCAACCCUAAACCGAACAUAAAAACCCUAUUGCAUGCCUAACCCUAUAUCUUACAUGAAAUAAAUCCCGGAGCAGUUGUCACUGGAGCAAAUGUCAUGUCACCUUUGAGACAGCUCAUGGAAAGAGUUUAUCAAAGUGAGGAACAGAACUCUUUAUUCUGGGCGCUGUACGGUUCAUCUUUAGUAGAAUAUACUUUCAUGGUAGCGUCAUGAAACGGGACACCAUGUUGAUUGUUGGCUAUUUUUGUCAAUUCUGUUUAAAUUGAGAUUUUGAACCAGGGUUGGCGCAAUGGGAAUGUUUUGUUUUAAAAAAGCAUUUUAAAACAUGAUUAAAUUUAUUUAAAAUGAUUCAGAGGGGUACGCCAGGU